UGCGUUUUCCCGGCCGGAGGCCGCCGGCGACCGUGGCCGCGCGCUGUGGGGGAAGGGGACGGGGCGCGGGUGCCGGGUCUGACCGUGGGGGAGGCCGCCGCCCUCAGACCGGGCCCAAAGCGCAGCCCCCGGCGGUGACGCGGGAGGCCCCGGGGUCUCCGUUCCCGCGAACUCCGCGAGGUCCCGGACCGGCCCAGCGCCCCCACCUGCCUCUGCCUGGGCCCGCCCAGGUCCUGGGGUGCCUUCUUUGCGGGCUGCGGCCGCGGAAGCAGGGAGCACGGGCGGGCGCCGGGCUUACCACCUUCGCCAUCUUGCAGCGCCCGCGUCCUGAGCCGGCCCGGGCCGCUCCGCGGAGCCUCUCUCUCCCUCGACCCGGCAGCAAAGGCAGAGUCCGUGCGCCUGAGCCCCGGGCCGAGACUGGAGCGUUCUCUGGCGGCCUCCAAGGGCGCCGAUGUCUAGAAGCCCGGCCUGGGCCAGAUCCCUUUUGCUGUGGUCUCCGUGAUUGCCGGGACAGAAUUCUCUUCCAGUGGGGAAAAGGGAAGGCGGUCGCGCCCUUCCCGGUGCCCUGAGUGGGGAGGUGAAACCCUUAGAGUUGGGGCUAGAGAGCCCGGAGCCAGGGCCGAGGCGGCGGGUGCGCAGGGUGCUCCGUGGAGCCCGAGCCCCCCCUCCCCCUCCCCAGUCCCCGGCCUCUCUACCGUUUCUGUAGGAGCUCGGCAGGGAGCACACAUCCCUCGGGAAGAAAACGGCGCUGGCGGCUGGGCCCGCACCGCGGCCGUCCUCGCUGAGCUUCUAGCGCGUGGCCUCUGCGCGUCUGUGUCCCCAUCUGCAGCUUGGGGCAGGGUUGUGGCAGAACCGUGGGGUAGCUAUUUGCCAUUGCAGCUGAGGAUGACAGCUGCGGUUUGGGGGUCCCCCUUUCUGUGUCCUGGAACUUUGUAGGGCGUGGCUCUGCCCUGGGCCUCAGCACUCGGCCUCCCAGGUCUCCCCUGCCUGCCCAGGCCUGGCCACCUCUUUCUAGGGUCUGGGUUUGGCUCCUGGUUGGCGCUGUUGGCUCCGCAGACGCCUUUUGCUCUCUGUGAUUCUGUCGCCCAUCUUUGAGCACCUGCUUCCAUGCAGGCGUCCUCUGCGGAGCUCUGGGAGGGUCAUGCACUGGGGGCCGCAACUGGUCACUCCUGGGGGUGCCUCGUCCGCCUGCCCGGCCAUUUUUGUGGUGUCUGCCAUGUCCCCAACAUGCACUUCUUCCUGUCAGCCUUGACCAGGGCAGCUGUUAGUUCUGAGAGGUGGGCGUGUUGUUGGGGAUGUCAGCGAGUAGGAUCUUCUCUUCUAUACACUUGUCAUUAACCUGAGAACAUGGCAGGGGGGGAGGGGAGGCUUGGCCCGGGGUGCACAGGACUGUGAGCUGGGCCUGUCCCUCUGAUAUCAGAGUGGGAUGAGCCUUGGCCCAGUCCUGUGGGCUUGGCGCAGAGCCGACCCCAGCCAUGUCCUGGGGGGAUUGGAAAUGCUGGCUCGUCCUGUCUGCCUCCCCCAAGGGCUGGGAGCCCCCACUCUUCGGACAUUUGUAGUGUAAGGUUCCAUUACCCAGCAGACAGCCACAGUUAACAGUCACUCUGUUAAUAAACUUUUUCUGGAGGAACCCUGGACAGAAGUAGUCAUGCUCUCCAGGAAACGGGCCCCAGGCUCGAGAGGCCCAGUCUCUUCCCUCAGGGCUUAGAGGUGGCCGUCCAGCCGCACCUGGUUCCCCACCAGCCUGGCAGUUUUUCUGGUUUUUCUCCUCUGUCACUUGCCCUUUCAACUUCCUGUGGCCAGUGCCCCCAGAAUGUGACCUGGUCUGAGCUGGCGGUGGCGUCGCUGAGCCAAGAGGCGUGCGGCUGGCACCACUAGUGUUGCUGAGAACUCUUCAGGCAGCGCUUUGUGCCCGGCUGUGCCCUGGUGCUCCCCAUGCAGUGCCCAAGUCAAAGGCGUGUGCCCUGUGAGGUGUUUACCCCGGGUGACUCUCCUUGUAGAAAGACUUAACGUUUUUCACUCCACUCGGGCCUGGAGAGGGCUCCGUCCAGGUGGUGCUGACGGUGCAGGCCUGGCCUAGGGCCCAGGGGUGGCCAGGAGGUGGUGGAGGCAGCAGGCGGUGUCGUAGGGGUUCUGCGGUUGAACGCUGCUCGGAGCGUCGGGGUCCUCUGGUGGUCGCUGGAUGUUGGUAGUUGUGGGUAAGAGCUCUGUGCCGGGAGUGUCUGGACCCUCGGGUCCUCCAUUGUCGGCUGCAGUGGCCGGAGCCCACUGCUGUCCCCCGCACUGGGUCGGGGUAACCCAUGAGGUGCCACCUGCAUCACUGACCGUCCUUUCCAGAAGCCUCUCCAGCCACACACUCUACGUGGUAUCUCCCACGAGGAAAUGUUCGUUUUUUUUCCUGUGAAGCCAGAAAUCUCUUGGUGGCCCUUUGUCGAGCCAAACAUUAACCUUGAGUUGUCUCUCUGGGCGGCCCCAGGUGGUGCCAGUUCUCAUGGUGUUGAAGGAGAGUGAGGAUGGCCCUGAGGGAAGCCCAGUUGGUUUGGAUGGGGAGGCGUUGGGGCUAUGGCCCUGAGAGAGGUGUGGGUGGUGUUGGGACCAGGCCCCUUCUGCAUCCUCCCCGGCACCGCCAUGAACUCUCCAGGUCUGGUGUGGCCCAAGCCACCCUUCCCGCCCAUGCCACCCUGCCCACCCGUGCCACCCUACCCACAUGUGCCACCCUGCCCGCCUGUGCCACCCUGACCUGCUUGUGCCAUCCUGCCCGCCCGUGUCACCCUGCCCUCCCAUGCCACUCUUCCCUGCUGUCCGUGUCACCCUGCCCUCCCGUGCCACCCUGACCUGCCGCCCGUCUGGGGUGUGGGGGCUGCUGGGCUGCCCCGUCUGCAUGGCUGGCAGGAGCCUCAGAGGCAUCCGAGGCUGCCUCUCCAGUGGUGUUGUGUGUAGAAUGUUGGGGAGGGGAGGAAGGGUGUAUCCCUGAUACCCACGCAUGGUAGGAGCGAGGAAGGUGGCGUUCUGGGGGUUCCUGGAGCUCACAGGUUAUGUGCGUUUGCUCGCUGAACAAACAGGGAAACGUGCGGCUCCAUGGAUGUCCUGGAGAGGAAUCUUGCUGGCAAAUCCGUGCCUUUGAUCGCAGCCCCUACGCUGUGUUCUCUGAGCUGUGACGUGGCCCUGCAGGCCCCGUGGAGUGCCGUGGCUCCCUGGCUCACAGGGAUGCUGCUGUCCGAGGUGCCGUAUCAGCUCGUGGAUGACUUGGGCAGUGUCUAGGGUGCUGUCGUCGGAGGAGCUGUAUCAACCUGUGGGUGAGGGGCCAUGUCUGUCUGGGGGAGGUUCUGGUGGCCGCAUGCUCUCAGCCCAGUGGCUCCAUGCUACUGUGCGGCCCCCUCUUGGGGGCCUGCCUUCUCUGCCAUUGCAGGACGUGGCUCAGUUUCCUCUGGGUGGCAGGUGGCUGUAUCUCAGGACCAGAAGGCUCCGGGUCAGGCUGUGUACAGCCUUCGUUCACAUCAGCCCCUGGCUGGACAGCACAGCCAGGCCCUAGUCUUUGGGCCUCCAGGCCUGGACAGCCAGAGGGGGCAUCUCACCAAUGCCCAGAUGGCUGCCGGGGACUCAACGGCAGGACAGCUUUGUCACGAGAGGGCCACUCCAGCCCGGAGUAAUCAGGGCUUAUGGGGACAGGGCAGGGUGAGGGCCGGUGAGACCACCCAGCCCGAGGGUGCCCUUCUGGUGGUCGGGAGCCCUUCCUGGGCAGCGGCUUUAGGGGCUGCUGUGGGGAAGGGGAAGAAGAUGGGGUUGGUGAGGAGGGGCUUUUGGGACACAGUGUCCUGGUAGAGGCCGCGAGGGAGGGGAGUGGACUGGUUGGCCCAGUGGGGCUGGCGGGUGGAGGGUCAUGGAGGGUUGGUGGCUGCCGAGCCUGGGUCUGAGCAGGCGGGGAUGGGACCAGGUGCUGAGGCUGGGGAAGGAACGGGGGCAGCCCCUUGGUCCUGGCACAUCUUGGUGUCCCCUGGGACUUCCUGGAACCCCCCCCCCCCAGUGCCCAGAGACCCGCUGUGGCUGUCUGGAGCGGGGCAGGUCCCAGCCCAUGGUGACCCCCAGUGUGCCUGGGGCAACCCUGGUCCCUCUCCAGACCAGAAUGGACUGAGCCUAGCACACACGUGGAUCAGGGCCGAGUAGGCAGGCACCGGCCAACAGGAGGGAGGAUCCGGCAAGCAGCUGGUGAUGUGCGUCCAGAGACAGGGCAUUGACGUGGCCAGGAGGCUCUGGGGUCAUCAGGCCACCACCGUGCAGCCCCCCAGGACUUGAUGCCUCCAGAGAACCUGGAGGCUGCUGCCCCUCACCUCACCCCCAUUUGCUUUAAAAUGAGUUUUUGUUUUAGAACAGUCUUAGAUUUACAGGAAAAUAGGAAGCUAGCACAAGCUUCCCACGUGCUCUACGCUCACUUCCCUCCUGGGUCGGUUGAGUGCUUCCUUACAACAUGAGGUGAAGCAUCUGCAGGGUGAGAACCUGGAGACUGUCUUCGUGCCGCUGAGCUGAGAGCCGUGUGCGGCUUAAGACUUUGACCCCGACGCAGGCUUCAGUGAUUGCCGCGGAUCAGAAGCCUGAGCGCUUUGGCUCGAGACAAUUAAGGACGUGGGAUGAGGCUCCGAGACAGGACGCGGUUCUGCCUGGGGAUCCUGAAGAUAAAAAGCUUUGAAAAGUCGAAUUCAUGGUCGUGGAAGCUGAGCCCAUAUUAAGAGAUGUCAGGCGUCCGACCUCCGAUCAUGAACGGGCCCCUGCACCCGCGGCCCCUGGUGGCGUUGCUGGAUGGCCGGGACUGCACAGUGGAGAUGCCCAUCCUGAAGGACGUGGCCACUGUGGCCUUCUGCGACGCGCAGUCCACGCAGGAGAUCCACGAGAAGGUCCUGAAUGAGGCUGUGGGGGCCCUGAUGUACCACACCAUCACGCUCACCAGGGAGGACCUGGAGAAGUUCAAAGCCCUCCGCAUCAUCGUCCGGAUCGGCAGUGGUUUUGACAACAUCGACAUCAAGUCGGCCGGGGAUUUAGGCAUUGCCGUCUGCAACGUGCCUGCGGCGUCUGUGGAGGAGACAGCCGACUCGACGCUGUGCCACAUCCUGAACCUGUACCGGCGGGCCACCUGGCUGCACCAGGCGCUGCGGGAGGGCACGCGAGUCCAGAGCGUUGAGCAGAUCCGCGAGGUGGCGUCCGGCGCCGCCAGGAUCCGCGGGGAGACCUUGGGCAUCAUCGGACUCGGUCGUGUGGGGCAGGCGGUGGCGCUGCGGGCCAAGGCCUUCGGCUUCAACGUGCUCUUCUACGACCCUUACCUGUCGGAUGGCGUGGAGCGGGCGCUGGGGCUGCAGCGUGUCAGCACCCUGCAGGACCUGCUCUUCCACAGCGACUGCGUGACCCUGCACUGCGGCCUCAACGAGCACAACCACCACCUCAUCAACGACUUCACCGUCAAGCAGAUGAGACAAGGGGCCUUCCUGGUGAACACGGCCCGGGGUGGCCUGGUGGACGAGAAGGCUCUGGCCCAGGCCCUGAAGGAGGGCCGGAUCCGCGGCGCGGCCCUGGACGUGCACGAGUCAGAACCCUUCAGCUUUAGCCAGGGCCCCCUGAAGGAUGCACCCAACCUCAUCUGCACCCCCCAUGCUGCAUGGUACAGCGAGCAAGCGUCCAUCGAGAUGCGAGAGGAGGCGGCACGGGAGAUCCGCAGAGCCAUCACAGGCCGGAUCCCAGACAGCCUGAAGAACUGUGUCAACAAGGACCAUCUGACGGCCGCCACCCACUGGGCCAGCAUGGACCCCGCCGUCGUGCACCCUGAGCUCAACGGGGCUGCCUAUAGCAGGUACCCUCCGGGCGUGGUGGGCGUGGCCCCCACUGGCAUCCCAGCUGCUGUGGAAGGUAUCGUCCCCAGCGCCAUGUCCCUGUCCCACGGCCUGCCCCCUGUGGCCCACCCGCCCCACGCCCCUUCUCCCGGCCAAACCGUCAAGCCUGAGGCGGAUAGAGACCACGCCAGUGACCAGUUGUAGCCCGGGAAGAGCUCUCCAGCCUCGGCGCCUGGGCGGAGGGCCCGGAAACCCUCGGACCAGAGUGUGUGGAGGAGGCACCUGCGUGGCGGCCCUGGCACUGCAGAGACUGGUCCGGGCUGUCAGGAGGCGGGAGGGGCAGCGCUGGGCCUUGUGUCGCUUGUCGUCCGUCCUGUGGGCGCUCUGCCCUGUGUCCUUCGCGUUCCUCGUUAAGCAGAAGAAGUCAGUAGUUAUUCUCCCAUGAACGUUCUUGUCUGUGUACAGUUUUUAGAACAUACAAAGGAUCUGUUUGCUUAGCUGUCAACAAAAAGAAAACCUGAAGGAGCGUUCGGAAGUCAAUUUGAGGUUUUUUGUUUUUUUUUUUUGUAUGUUGGAACGUGCCCCGGAAUGAGGCAGUUGGCAAACUUCUCAGGACAAUGAAUCCUUCCCGUUUUUCUUUUUAUGCCACACAGUGCAUUGUUUUUUCUACCUGCUUGUCUUAUUUUUAGAAUAAUUUAGAAAAACAAAACAAAGGCUGUUUUUCCUAAUUUUGGCAUGAACCCCCUGUUGUUCCAAAUGAAGACGGCAUCACGAAGCAGCUCCAAAAGGAAAAGCUUGGGCGGCGCCCAGCGUGCCCGCUGCCCAUCGACGUCUGUCCUGGGGACGUGGAGGGUGGCAGCGUCCCCGCCUGCACCAGUGCCGUCCUGCUGAUGUGGUAGGCUAGCAAUAUUUUGGUUAAAAUCAUGUUUGUGACUGUAACCAUUUGUAUGAAUUAUUUUAAAGAAAUAAAAAUCCUGGAAAGAGCCA